GAGUGUUGGAGCUCUGCUCUGUAAGAACACACGUCCUAUUCUUCUGUAACUAUGGUUUCUAUCUGCUGUUUUAAAAGAGCUCCCAGUACAGUGUAACUAAUUUGCUUACUGUAAGCUACACUCCUUGCACAGAGUCGCAGAAUUUGCAUGAGCACAUGAUGCACUGGAAAUUCUGCCAUUCAAACCAUGAGGAUUAGGGAGGACUCAAUGGACACAUUUAGGAAAGUCAUGACAAUCAGCUCCAAGCACAUAGGCGAGGAAGCAAUGGCGUCCAGUUCUUCUGGUCAGAUAAUGAGCGAUCUCCUGACACUACGUGAGAAGAAAAUCCUCCUGAAUCUGCUGGAGCCUGACUGUAAGGUCAGUCUUGUUCUUACCUGUAUGAAGGCAUGGGUAGGAAAAUGUAUUUAUGAUGAUGUAGAAACAUUUAAGAGAAAUAAACUGGAUGCCUACUGAUGCCACAUUAAUGAAAAAGUAAGGUGUCUUUCUGUGAUGUAGAGGAUGUGCACUCGAUGAAAGGGCUAUCUGUUUAGCCUACAGCCUUGUUACUAGGUUACAUGCUGCUGUAUAAAUGUACAGUUUAAUAAACCAUCAUUAAAGAGUUUUGUUUGAAACAAAAGGUAGGAGAUUAAUGUCUAAAUGGGGCAAAAGGGUACUGCAGUAGAGGAUGAUAGCAGGCCCGGAUGGGAAAGGGUCAUUUUAACCCUCUCAGGCUCAAAAUAAGUUUUGAUAAAAGGACGAACAACCAAGUCCUUCAGGGGUACUUCUGAGUUAAAAAAUGCUCAUGAAAUACGUAUGUGGAGUAUCCAGGUAGGUAGGUUUUAAUGUUGUAAAUCUGCAACGCCGGCCUCCAGAGGGUUAUUCCAGCACAUAAAAUGCAAAAUAAAUAGGGGAAAACAUCUGUUAUAUAACUGCUGGUAUCAGGUCAUUUUUACAGCUCCAUAAAUCAACACAGUGCUCAUUUACAGCUGCAACAGCAACUUUGGAAAACAAAUUAGCUUAAAACAUUUUUUUCGUGUCUCUUAACAUUCUGACAUGGUAUAACUAUGGGUAGGAGAUGAUUGUGGAGAUUUAAAAAAUAUGGAAAAAAAUGAAUAAAGUGGUUCUUGCUUAUUUUUCUAAAAACCUCCACCAAUAACACAUUUUGGAUCGAAAGCAACUUUUGGACCAUCUGGUUGUUGGUCUCGCCAAACCGCCACACUUCUGCACUUUCUUGGAUCCUUUACUCAUAACGCAUUCCUGUAUAUGGCAACAGGACACCGCUGGUGUGAGAGUUUCUCUGCUCAAUAACAUCAGAGAAGGAGAAACAGCCGGCUGCUACCACUUCAACUUAAGCACAAACUACCAGAGUCCCAAAAAGAAAAACACCAUUUGAAGUCACGAACAUUAAGAGACGUUUUGACCUAGAAAACGACAACAGCUGUUUAGCACUAUCUCGUUUCCUACUGAAAUGCGUGUUUCCAGUUCCGGCAGAAGCGUCUCAGGGAAGAUACCCGCGGGGAGGAGUAAGCCUAGUUUAUGCGUAUGGGUCGACGCUGAGACAUGCAACUCCAUUAUGCGAGGCUUCCCCAGCAGGCUCGCAAGGAUGGACUAAGUCAAACCCACUUUUCUAAACAUCCAUCGAACGAGAGGGAGAGUGCAAGCUUGUGAUUGGUCAAGACGCCGCUUUCGUCAACAGCACCGCCAUUGCACCCUUAAAAACAUAAAGAAAGCCGAAGAUAUCUAGUGGCAGACAUGGAGCAGCUUGAUGAAUACCUCACAGAAAAACAAAUUUGACCGUGUUAAAAAGUCUCUGAAACACAAAGACAAAAUAUACAAAAUUGUAAAUGUAAUAUUUUGGACCGGAUACAUGACAGAAUACCCCAGAACAACACUACUGUACGCCCUCUGUUGUCUUGGCAGGGAAUAACUUUGUAGCACCACCCAGGAGACGGAGAAGUCCGAGAGUAAAAUGUCUGUCAAUGUGUCUCUCACUUGUGGAGCUGAUGCAAAAGCAUAAACUUGGCUUUAUGUGACCGUGUUUGGGUUCAAUAGAAAUCGAUUCAGUUCAAGUAGAUGCCUACAGUGCAAACUUUCUGUCAUGCCCCCCUCUUUGUGACGGAAUGGGACAUUGGGUGAACUGAAAUAGAAAAAUAUACACUCACUGGCCACUACAUUGGGUACACUUAUCCAACUGCUUGUUAACAUCCAUGGCAACUCAUUGCAUUUAGGAGUGUUGACGUGGACAAGACUAUUCGCUGCAGUUCAAACUGAACUUCAGAAUGAGGCAGAAAGGUGAUUUAAGUGACUUUGAACGUGGCAUGGAUGUUGGUGCCAGACUGGCUGGUCUGAGUAUUUCAGAAACUGCUGAUCUUCUGGGACUGUCACAGACAACCAUUUCUAGGGUUUACAGAGAAUGGUCGGUCCGAAAAGGGGAAAACAUCCGGUGAGCGACAUUUCUGUGGGAGAAAAUGCCUUGUUGAUGCCAGAGGUCGGAGGAGAAUGGCCAGACUGGUUCAAGCUGAUAGGAGGCAACAGUAACUCAUAUUACCACUUGUUACAGCCAAGGUAUGCAGAAGAGCAACCUUGAAUGCACAUCACGUCGAACCUUAAGGCAGAUGGGCUACAGCAGCAGAAGACCACACCAGGUGCCUCUCCUGUCACCUAAGAACAGGAAACUGAUGCUACAAUUCGCAGGCUCACCAAAAUUGAAUAAUAGAAGAUUGGAAAAAAGUUGCCUGGUCUGAUGAGUCUCUGUUUCCAAUACAGCACCUUUGGGAUAUGGUGGGAGAUUUGCAUCAUGGAUGUGCAGCUGACAAAUCUGGAGCUACUGCAUGACACUAUCAUGUCAAUAUAGACCAAAACUUCUGAGGAAUGUUUCCAGUACCUUGUUGAAUCUAUGCCACGAAGGACUAAAGUAGUUCUGAAGGCAAAAACGGGUCCAACCCGGUACUAGCAAGGUGUACUCAAUAAAACGGCCAGUAAGUGUACACCUCAGAUCAGUGUUUAUAAUAUGAUUAUGUCAGCUUCAGUGAAUUGGAGCCAAUGAUUCCACCAACACAUAGAAGAGAGAAAAUAAAAGUUUCUUUACUACAGGAAAAAAAAACACUUGGUUUGAAAUGGCUUGGAUUAUUUGACUCAACAAAGCAAACUUGACUUCAUGUGGCUUGAUUAAAAAAAAGCAGACUUGACUUCAUAAAACAAAGCCUCAAAGUAUCUUAACCCUAAAAUAAAACAAAGUAGGCAUUACAUACGGUGUACUAUCUACCUAAAAACAACACGAGCAAUGAGAUGUGUAAAAACGUGCAAACAAAUGUGUCUUUAGCUUUGCUUUAAAACCAUCAAUGCCUGCCUGACGUCCAGAGACAAGCUGUUCCAAAGAGCAGGUGCAUGCGAAGAAAAUGUUCUCCCACCAACUGUCUUCUCUCGGAACAGCCAGAAGUCCAGUGCCUUGAGAUCUUAAAACUCGACUAUGUACAUACGGUUUUACCAACUUAUUUAAAUAUGUAGGUGCAGUAGCGUUUACUGCUUUAUAUGUUAAAACCACCACAUUAAAAUUGAUUAUUGCCCAGACAGGAAGCCAGUGAAGUGAGUACAACACAGGUGUAAUCUGUGGGACUUUCCUGGCUCCCGUAUAUGAAUCGCACAGAUGCAUUCUGCAAACUUUGGACACUUUAGUCAAACUGAACGAAAGAGCCUUGGAAUAGGUUAGUGUCUUGGCUGCAUGAGGAUUGUGGAUAAUAUGGCACCAGAGCUGUGGCUGCAGGAAACUUUUAUCUUGUGACUUUUAUAUGGACUUCCAGGGUGUGUCAUAGAGACCCCCAAUUUGGGAACCACUGAUAUACACAAUGAUGUCACGGGGCCUUUUCUUACCAGCAGAAGUCCCAAAAUGUGCCCUUUAGUUUAGUUCAAGUGCAACUUAUUGACACAGCAACUCUAAUGGUACCAUCUAGAAAAAAAUAGUUUUUUUAAGCCAGGCCAGGAUGAAUGGUUAUGGAACUUCACCAUUAAGAAUCAACAAAUUGUUUUUUUUUCCAGUUAGUAGCUGAAAGAGCUGAAUGAUCCAAAUGAUCAAAAUAAAAGCUUGAAGCUCUCAUUUGAACAGUCAUAAGAAAUGAUUCAUUUUAAUUCGCAGCCAUUAAGUGUUUCAGUUCUCCUUCCAAAUACCACGUUAACUAAAGUGGAUUAUUCAUCAGAUCAUAAAAUAAGUGCACCAGAUUUCUGAAACUGCUGUGUGCUGCUCUGAAACUUAACCAAGGGUGCCUCCGAGGUUUUUUCUCAGAAGAUGGUUCUAAAAAAAUUAAUACAAAUAAAAACAAUAACCUAGAGCUAUAAAUGUCUACAGCCAGACAUGGAUUCAGGUCUACCCAGAGAGGAGCUGAAACAAAGACACUAAUUAAAUCACAAAAAAUAGUUAGUGAAACUUCCCCUUUGCUUUAAAUCUUAUAACUGACUUUAAUAAAUGAUUUUUACUAAUAAUAGUUUUUGUUAUUUCAAUGUUUUAAUAACUUUACUUCUGUGUUUUAGUUAAUCAAAACAACAGUAGCUCAGAUCCUCCAGGCCAAAGAAACGGAGGGUGAGAGUCCAAGCUGGCACCUUUUGGACUGCGGCGUGCUGUGCCUCACUGAGAACGUGUCUGUGAACUCCUACUUCCUGCGUCUGUACUGCAUCAUGGUAAGAGGAACCAUGAACCCUGUCACUCCGCCCACUCAGAUCACCAAACACUCUGAAACAAGUACAGUGAGAGCUCCUUUUGUCCUCUUUACUUUGAGUGUGAAGAACGUUUUGCACAUUUCUGACAUUUUGACGUUUGCUGUUUUCUCUUAUUGGUUUAAUUGAACCCCCAACUUGAUCUGUGCACCCAUGCACAAAGAAAUAGAUAUUUACAAUAACUUUCAAGUCAAUUCUUCCUCCAAACACAGCGGUCCAAGUUACGGUGGGAGCAGGAGUUAUAUGUUCCACUAAAGUACAAUGCAAUUUGUGCUUACUUCCACACCUUUCCAGCAGAAAGCCACUACGUAGGAAUCAACUUUGCAAACAAAGCAGAGGCAGAGGAAUUUCAUUUAGCUGUUGAAAAUGUUCAUGAAAAGAUGACUGCCAUGAUCCAUGCCAUGAAGAAGGAAGUGAAAACGCCAUCGAUAAGUCCAUUUAAUUUAGAAAAAGCAUUGGAUGAAAAUCCCCAAGAGGAGCCAACAUCCCCCGCACCCACUUUAAACACAAAUACUUUUUCAGAUCUGGACCCAGCUUUGAGCAGCUUGUUGAUGAAGGUAAAACUUAGUAAGGAAGACAUAAAAAACAAAGAUGUCAGCGAGGUUGUUGACUACAUCAUCAGCCACGUUGGAGGAUUAAAAGCUGUGCAAACAGAGUUAAAGAUGAAUGGUGCAAUGUCUAAGACAUUACCGAGAACUGCAGGGGCGUCCUUCCCAGCUGCUUUGCUGAAAGGUCCUUUACCACCGGUCCCUUUAUCUCAAAGCAGCACCAACUCUCAGCAUAUGCCUCAACAUUCGGCUGCACAAAAUACGAGUCAGUUCCUGUCUUCUCUCCCAACUUCUCCCACAACAGGAAGAGUGAGAAGGAGCGCGAGUUGCGUAGAGGUGGGCUCCCCAGCAUCAGCGCAAGGAGGUGAUGUCUUUCUGGCUGCACUCAGAGAAGUGUUCAAACAAAAGAAGAUUCUCCAGCAAAACACAAGUGAAUCUCUGGAUGAAGCUGGCGCACAAUCUAAUUCUAAGUGACCUUAAGCACCUUAAAAAGCCUAAAUAUGGAGAAAAACAACUCAUCUAAUAAAGGUUUUCAGUCCUGAUAUUCUUCAUAAGGCAAUUGAUUAGGCAGUCUCAGGCCUUCUGAGAUCAAAUUUGAAUGAAUGAUAAUGAAAACUAGAAGUUUAGAUCUGAUGAUCUUUAAAGCCCCAAUGUGUAAAUUAUAUUUGCAUCUACAGUAGCCCACACGCAUCAAAAUGGCUAUGUGAAAACACCACACACGUAGCCUGGUAAGCCAUCCUAUUAUGAGAACGUAAAGUCUGGCCAUGGAGCAUUGAUGGCUCUCAGUUGUGGUGCGGGAUCUCUGGAUGUAUUUCAAACUGUCCCCACAUGCUAUUGCAUAACAAACAAUAUGGAUGUAAGAAAUAUUGAUAUAGCAAUAUAUCGUAAUGUUUUUUCCUGCAACAUUAUAUCGAUAUUCAAAGCUGUGUAUCGAAAUUUUGGAAGAAUUUACAUGGAAACUUUUUUUUUCUUUUGGUGCAAUUCAAACGCCGACCGCUAGUUGGCAGCAGUGUGCAAUGGGUUUUGUUUCCACCACUGAAAUGUAAAUCCCUCUGUUACGGUUAGGAUACCUCAUAUUAAACAUGUUACAUAUUA